AUGCUCACCAUCAAGGCCCUUCUCGCACUCUGCGCCGCGUCCGACGGCGAUCUGACCCUCUACGUCAACCAGCCCGAAGGCGAGUACGGCGACAUCGCCAUCCUCUACCUCACCGACGUCUUCGGCAUCCAGCUCAACCAAAACAAACUCCUCGUCGACAGCUUCUCCCGCGCCGGCUUCCUCACCGUAGCCCCCGACCUCUUCGCCGGGGAGCCCGCCCCCGGCGACCUCAACCAGCCCGACUGGGACAUUCAAAAGUUCCUCCAGGCCAACACGCCCGAGAUCGUCGACGCCCGCAUCGAGCAGGCCAUCACCUACCUGCGCGAGGAGCUCGGCGCCACCCGCAUCGGCGUCACCGGCUACUGCUUCGGCGGCCGCUUCGCCUUCCGCUUCGGCGCGGAAGGUCGCGGUGCCGAUGCCGUCUUUGCGGCGCACCCGAGCAACCCCGAAGAUUAUGAGAUAACCAACCUCACUGUCGCUGCUAGCAUUGCCUACUCUGAAAGUGACAACUCGCUCACCCCCGAACGCCGCGCCGAGCUCGAGGUCCUCCUCCGCGAGGCCGACAUCCCCUACCAGUUCACCCUCUACAGCGGCACCAACCACGGCUUUGCCGUCCGCGCGAAUCUCACCAGCCCAGAGGAGAAGUUUGGCAAGGAGUCGGCUUUCCUCCAGGCCGUCAGAUGGUUCGAGCAGUGGGCGUAA